AUGUUCGGGAUGGAGAGGAAGAUGCCCCAAGAGGGAUUUCAGAAGUCACUCCGUCUCAGACGCCUUGCUGCCCGCAUGCCUCGCUCCCAGAUGAACAUCGGUCUCAUAUACCCUCUUUUUACGACUGGAUUCGUGACCAUGCUGGAAUCUCUCAGCCGUUCGAAUGAUGACCACCAGGAGAAUAAUGAUACCACAGUCAUAUUCUACCUGGUAGUGUCGAUAGGUGCCGUUCAUGCCGAGCAAGCACAUCUUCUGAACGACCUUAAAGGUGAUACGGGCAUUCAAGCCUACCGCAACGCCUUCACUCAGGGUCUGUCUGCGGAAGCCCUGUACCGAAAAGCUAUUGAUGUACUCGAAACUGGCAUUCAAAACCUGGCCCCUCGUAUCUCCUUGGUCCAGAUCCUCAACCUUAUAUCUAUUUACGCGUCCCAUCGCCCGUCUGAUAACAAACAGUGGCAUAUAGGCGGCAUUGCCAUCAGAUGUGCUGACAUCUUUGAAAAGCUGGCGAUUGAGCUGGGACUCCACCGUCACAACGAUAACUGGAAACUGUCAGAGGAUGAACUGGACCUGCGGCGUCGAGUGUUCUGGACCACAUAUGCCAUCGAGAUAACCCUAGCCUUCAACCUUGGAAGGCCAGCUAGCAUCUCUUUUGAAGACGCCGAUGCGCCAUUUCCCAAGGCGACAGAGGACAUGAUAAUGCCCAUACACCAUUUUCGACAUCGCCAGAUCCAGGAACAGAUGUUGUCGCAGGUCUACCGCGGGAGGAAACGCAACAUACCUACAUCAACAGAGGAGACUCAGCUCAUCCUGGACAAACUCCAGGACCAGCUAGAUCGAUGGCACCUCGAACUGUACGAGCUCCACAGACAAUCCACCUCACCUUACCCAGUCGAAUACUGGGACCGACUGCACUAUUCCACGUCGGCCGCUCUAUCACGACCGACUCCGCUUGUUCCGCGUCCAGCACCUCCAUCGCAUGAACGAUGCUUCAUGUCCUCAGGGAGAGUGAUUGAGAUCCACGACCAGCUGAUCCGGCAGUUCCGUCUCCCCAAUUCGUGGAUGUUGCUGCAGGGCCUUACGCUGUCGGCCGUGUCGAUGAUUGUCACCGCAAGAACCAACGCAAUAGUCUUGUCCAAGCGGUUAGGAUUCGAUAACCUCCUGGACAGCAUCACACGAUGGGUGCGCAAGCUCUGCGUCGUCAUGGCGGUUAUGAGGGAGCGUUGGCCUGCCUUUGCCACCAACAACCUGGAAGACAUGCUUGACAAGAUCUCACGAGACACUGUCCGACACAUUAUCAACAUGAUGGCCAAUGAGCGAUUGGCAAAAGGCUCUUCUCUGGAUAGCGCAGUGCCUGACGCCAUGCAGCCUGCGACCCCGUCGCUGCUUCCUGCAAGACAGGCCAACCGCGAGACACCUGGUCCAGAUAGUGCGCCUAUCGAGCAAAUGAAUUAUACCAUGUUGCAGAGCCCGGGCAGCUUCAUGGAGACUACUGCAGACCAGCACGUCUCUUCGGCGUUACAAUCUGAAAUCGACGGUGGGUUGAUCGGGUUCGACUCCGACCCAAUAUGGGGGUCUUUUGAUAACUUGUUCGAGGCCAAUGCACUGCAGUCAUUUUUUGGGCUCUUCUCUGGCCAGGAGUAUAUAUAA